AUGGCAUCCUCAUCAUCCACUCUAGCCCGCGAAAAGGUUUCAGCCGGCGCUUUUGGCGGCCCAGAGAGCUUAUUACCCACGUCCAAGGUUGUUCUCCCUCAGCUCACCAACUUUCUAUCCCUAGCUCCAACAACGAGCGCAUCCUAUCCUUCAUCUCCCAAAUCAAAGUUGCCACUGCCAGCUACGACUCUGCCCCCUGCACUGGCGCCUGAGAAUGCAGGUGCAGAGGCUUCUCCGAUCAUCCCUGAAGUGUUGGACAUGAAGAUCAGACGCAGUUCUAGUUCGGGAAGUGAUGAGAGUGUAUCUGGAAGUCCCACUCAGCGACGUAGAUUCUUGAAACUGGGCCCCGUUCAUUUCGGCAUGGAUGGUGAUGGCAAGGGAGACUGGAGCGAGGAAGUCAUCGCCGAGUGA